AUGCUCGAACUAGAGAAUGAACUACCUUGUGUAGCGCUACGCUCACCUAAUUUUUCGCAAACCAAAUACUCGAGAACAGGCGUUCGCUCUCCAACCUCUCCCUCUCCUGGUACACCCCGCUCGCUUUCGCCUUUAUCUAGACAAAUAUGUACGCCUCCCCCGAUCCUACCAGAUUCAAGAGGACUUUUCGGUUCACCUGUACAGCCACGUUCGCCGAAUGUCUCUGGGAACCCUGCGGAUAACAAGUUCAGACGAAUGUUUGAAGAUUGGGAUCGUAAUGAGCAAGACAUAUAUGACAUCAUUGUUACAGAUGGGAUAAUAAAGGACAAGGUCCUUCUCCAUACGCAUUACAACAGACUAGUACGAACGUCAAAAUUGAAAGAGAAUUCUUGCAUCGGGAUCUACAAAUAUGCUGUGCGAACAAUAUCGUCUCCACACACUGGGCGAAAAGAGAAGAUCCACAUUAUAAACAAAAUUUCAACAAUAUUCGACGAUGAGGACACCCUUGUUUGUGAUGAAUCGUCAUUAGAAUGGUUGUACCCAUCAAUCCAGCAAUUUAUCCCAUUGGCAGCACAUAGGAAAUGCUACUUUUCUCUCCGCAACGACGAUUUUCUUCGCGAGGAUCCAAGAUGGAAUGUAGACAUUACGAUGGAUAAUGAUUUCCGCCUUCCUCUCACUUAUCCAACAAUCCAUAAUGUAAUAGUCACCAACCAUGGUACUUUCCCUCCGAUCUCCACUUACUCUAAACAACCCAUGGUUGGGCGUGUCAUUUCCAAGACGUCGAUGCAGAAUUUCUCACGCCCAACAGACUACAGAAUCGAAUAUCCAUGGAAGUUUUCGUUCGAAAUACAAGACUGUUCCCACAAGUUGACCGUGACUGUCUGGAAUGAGAAAGCAUUGGAGAUAUUUAAUAGUGUCAAAGUCGGAUGCUUGGUCUGGUUGAACGACUAUUGUUUAAAGAGAAUAAUGACAAAGGACCGGCGUAUUGCUGGAAAAGGUGUGGAGGUGGCUAUUAAUCCUAGAGAUCCUGAAGGGGAUGUAAGAAUACUUGGGGACCAUAAUCUUGAAGGCUGGUCCGACGCAAAUAAGAAAGCCAGGUUUCCGCCUAUUGAAGUGUGUUUCAUACAGAGUGUUCACCACUAUCGUACGCCUGAUGGUUAUCCCGAGUUUGAUUUGAUCGGCCGUGUCAUAUACGUCGGUCGGUUAGAACAAGUCAAAGGUGAGACUUCAAACCAUGAAAACCAAAUGACCGAAUAUCGUUGGGUAAAACUUCUCGACACUACAUCAUCCCGCGAAAUUCUCCUUAAACUAUUCACAAAUUCCCAGCCAGAAAUCAUCUCUAGAUUAUCACCCGGUGACAUACUGCAUGCUACGAGAUUAAUAUGCAAAAGUAUUGAUUACAAUUCAAUUACAAAGAGAGUUUUAUAUCUUCGCCCAACAAUAUGGAGUCAGUAUUAUAUAUUUGUGGAGACGAAUAAUGAGUGGAAUGUGCCGGAUGAAGUCGAUUGGAUUGAUUCUGAGGAUAUGUACUUGGUUCCUUUGUAUACAGAGGUAUUAAAGAUGAUUUCGUGUGUCGGCGGAUAUUUCAAUCUUCCCGUCCCGUUUAAAACCGCCAAACAAAUGAUGGAUCAUUCCUCGUAUAUUCCUUGUGGAAUCGAUGCUCUAUCAGAAAAGGCAAAACAACUCUCCGUCGGUGAACGAUAUCGAUGUGUGGUCAAAGGUUCGUUAUUACAAAUAGAAUUCGGUAAUAACAUUAAACUCUUCAAGGGAAAAAUACUUUCCGUCGAUCUAUCGGACGAUGCUAACAAUUGGAUACAGCGACCUGUGACUAUGGCUGUCGAAAUGAAUCUAUAUCCCAGCUCGCCAAAUGAAUCCAUCGAUAUGUCAAAGAUUUUCCCAAUAACAGUAUCGAUUAGUGGAAAAGAUAACAACAAAACGAUCACAACAUAUAUAAUUCCAUCGGCGUCUGAUGAGGGAUGCGGGCGAUUUUUAAACGAGGGUGGCUUCGGAGAGUGGCAUCUCAGGACAUUAGUUGACUUAUUUGAAUUUGCCCUCAUCGAUGAGACAAUGACUGAGAGCGACGAUAAAUAUGAAAUCUUCAAAUCAUGGAGUUACGUGGAUUUAUGCGAGAGAUUGAAUGCAUUGAAGAAUGAGCAAUUGAUAUUUAUGUUGGAUAUUGUGAGAACAAGAGCAGACGGUGUAGUCAUUGUGCUCACAAAGAUAUUUCCUUGGAGCAAUGAGUUAAUUAAAAGGACAAUGUAA